UUUAACUGUAAUGCAAAUCUAUCUUUGUCGAAUGUUAUUUUAUGAAAAUAAGGAUUAGGUUUAAUCAAAACAUGACGAAAAUGCCGCUUUCAAACUGAAAUCCAACAAAACGUCAAUAUGGCGGCUUGCGUGAGUGAAAAGGAUUCAGAUAAAAAACUGGAAUUCUUUUUAAAUGUAUCUUUCCCAUGUGAGAGAGAGGCAGCUAUCGCCCUGCAGUCUUUAUCUCCUGAUCCUGAGCCCAGGAAAGGAGGAAUCAAUAAAAACCUGGAUGUUACAGGACAAACACUGUCUGUCAGAUGGACUGCGGAUGAAGCUCGGAUUCUUCGUGUUUCUGUAAGUUCUUUCUUGGACCAUUUGUCUCUAGUGAUGGAAACUAUGGAUGUAUUUGGACCACCUGUUUCAUAAUGACAAUUUGAGAGACAAAUUCAAGCAUGAGAGGAAAAAUGUGAUCCCAGACGCUGUUUGCACUAUGUUAGGAGGACAUCCAAGAGAAACAUCUGCUGCCGUGUGUUCAUCUUGGACUGCGAAGGCUUAAAAAGCAUAAAAUAAUGUGCUUUUGCUCAUGUCUUAAGACAAUUGCUUUGAGUUGUUAAAUUAAAUAUUUCACCAAAAAGUAACAAUGUACUUAAUUACUCGUCCUCAGACCAUACAAGAUGUAGAGUUCGUUUUUUCAUCGGAACAUAUUUGAAUUGACCAAUGGAUCCUCUGCAGUGAAUGGGUGCCGUCAGAAUAUUUUCCAUAUUAUGGCCAUAAAUGAAGGUUUAAAGUUUAAAACACCUUAAUGAUCAAUUUGUUUCUUACAAACAUGGAGCUUUUCACUUCACAAAUAGUUAAUUGUUGGACUGGAAUCAUGUGGAUUUUUGUAAUGCUUUCAUCAGCAGUUUGGACUCACAUUCUGAUGGCACCCAUUGACUGCUGAGGACCCACUGGUAAGCAAGUGAUGGAAUGCUAAAUUUCUCCACAUAUGUUCUGAUGAAAAAACAAAUUCAUAUGGCCUGAGGUUGAGUAAAGUUUCAGCCAAUUUUAGCUAAUUGGUGAACUAUUCCUUUAAAGUUUAUCAGUGUAAAAGAAGCCAAAACAAACCAGUUUUGUCAUUUGAAUAAAGAUUUAUUAAUGAAGCAUUGUUGAUGAAACAAUACAGAGAAAUGAUUUGACCGUGUUUAAGGAAAGGUACUUGUUUUAUAAAAGAGGGACAGAUGUGUGUUUAUUGGUUUCUAUUGGCAGACAUCACUAAGGGUUUUCGAUCAAUAUAAUCUCCAACACUGGUUGAUAGAAACAGACGUGAAAAAAAAAAAAGUCACACAUACAUAUUCAAGGGUUGUCAGGGCUCACUCUCCGAUUUCAGCUUUCCUUUAUUUGACCUACAUCAUACCCAUAAUUCGAUCAAUGAGAUGAGCCUGUUAGAAAUGUCUACUAUAUGAACAUAGAAACAUCAAAAUAAACUGUAAACCUAGUAAUUAAACAGCAUGAGGUCAAGACAAGAAUUAAUCAUUACUGUUACAUUCAUACAUUAAAACUGGGGAAACACUUUCGUUCGAAGUGAAAGAAACUGUUGCAUGGUUAAAAUGAUUGCACUUAAGACUUCCUGAGCUCCCAGAUCCCCAAAAUGUUCACCAGCCUAACAAGUCAUGUAAGGGGGCCUCCUUAGGCGCAAACUUUAUAUAAUUCUUUCUGGCCUUGGCAGCUCUUAAAUUAUGCUGAUGAUUUUGAUAUUGUGACAUGCUUGGCUGUGUAUUCUGAGUGUAUGUAUAUUUGUUUAGUUAAAGAGUUUAGUUUACCAUAUUAAAGGAUUUGGCAAAAUAAAGGAAUUUCGAGGAAGACUUCAUCCUAAAACAAAGUAAAAGGCACAGACAGACAUACAAGCAGGAGAUGAGUCUGAAAGACUAUAAUCUGCAUGGAUGAAGGAAUAAACAAUACAAAAAGCAAAAAAAAUUAAAAA